AUGGCUGCCGCUGCUGUAUCUCUGAGCUCCGCCGAUGCUGAGAAGCUCGCCGCGCUCAAAUCCGACGUCGCCACCCUCAAUCAGAUCAGUGAGAAUGAGAAAUCUGGAUUCAUCAAUCUGGUAGCUCGCUAUCUCAGUGGAGAAGCUCAGCAUGUAGAAUGGAGUAAGAUCCAGACACCAACUGAUGAGGUUGUGGUGCCUUAUGAUACCCUGGCCCCUGUACCUGAAGAUGCUGCUGAGACCAAAAAGCUUCUGGACAAACUUGUUGUGUUAAAGCUCAAUGGAGGCUUGGGAACUACAAUGGGCUGUACUGGACCAAAGUCUGUUAUUGAAGUCCGUAAUGGUCUUACAUUUCUUGAUUUAAUCGUCAUUCAGAUUGAGACACUAAAUGCCAAGUACGGGUGCAAUGUGCCGCUGCUUUUGAUGAACUCAUUUAACACUCAUGAUGAUACAUUGAAGAUUGUUGAAAAGUAUGCCAAGUCAAAUAUUGACAUUCACACAUUUAACCAGAGCCAAUACCCUCGUCUAGUUGUUGAUGAUUUCAAGCCACUUCCAUCCAAAGGAAACACUAGCAAAGAUGGAUGGUACCCUCCUGGUCAUGGAGAUGUCUUUUUUUCUUUGAAAAAUAGUGGAAAGCUUGAUGCACUGUUAUCACAGGGCAAAGAAUAUGUCUUUGUGGCCAACUCAGAUAACUUGGGUGCUGUUGUUGAUUUGAAAAUUUUAAAUCAUUUGAUCAGAAACAAGAAUGAGUAUUGCAUGGAGGUCACCCCUAAAACACUUGCCGAUGUUAAAGGUGGUACUUUAAUCUCUUAUGAAGGGAAAGUACAGCUGCUGGAGAUAGCGCAAGUUCCUGAUGAACAUGUCAAUGAAUUCAAGUCGAUUGAGAAGUUCAAGAUUUUCAAUACCAACAACUUAUGGGUCAACUUGAAGGCAAUCGACAGACUUGUUCAGGGUGAUUCAUUGAAGAUGGAGAUCAUUCCCAACCCAAAGGAAGUUGAUGGGGUCAAAGUUCUUCAACUCGAGACUGCUGCUGGCGCUGCCAUAAAGGUGAGGUUAGGGUUGAUUUGGUAA